AUGUCCUACCACAUCGCAAUCCUCGGCGCAUCCAAGGGUAUCGCCAACCAUGUCCUGCGCAAUCUACUCUCAUCCUCCCCGUCCGUGACAAUCACACUGUUGCUCCGCAAGCCCGCCGCCCUCGAUGGGGACGAACUGGUGGCUGAAGCGAUCAAGAAUGGCCGUGUGAAGAUCGUGAAAGGCGACGCAACAGUUCAGGACGACGUCGAGAAGGCUUUGGAGGGGGCGAACGUGGUGCUCACUUCUGUUGGCGGAACCCCAUCGUUCACUCUCCGCGGGUUCAAGCUCGAUAACCCCACCCUCUGUACUGAUGCGGCUCUCGCCCUUCUACGCGUACUUGAGCGCAAGCCUGAGAACCAGCGGCCGCGGAUCAUCGCCGUCUCUUCAAUGGGUAUCGGGAAGAACCACCACAAGAUGCCCUUCCUUCUUCGGAUCCUCUACCCAUGGAUGCUGAGCGGCCCUCACGCCGACAAGGAAGGCAUGGAAUACCUCUACCUCCGGGCUAGCAACAUUGGUGACACCCCAACUCCACCCUCAACCGACAUUCUUUCCGAGGCGAACCGCGGCGUGUCGCGCAUUCUCCCCGAGCUCAUCCUCGUCCGACCUGCCCUCCUCACUGAUGGCGCUGAGAGCGGAGCGGUGCGCGCCGGAGAGGACGUGUAUACCUACCGCGUGUCACGGGCGGAUGUGGGCCGCUGGAUCACGGAUAACUGUAUGCCUGGCAAGGGGGAGUGGGUUAACCGCGCGCCUGUGCUUGGAUACUAG